ACAGAUUACCCGUAAUCAAAUUUGUAUGUGUUCGUAUACACGAACAUUAUAUAGGUGACUCGGUAAUAAAGGUUAGGCGCCGUCACUAAGGAACGUGGCAGGUUACCACGCUGUGCAAAAGGAGAGACCCAUACUAUAUCCAAAUACCGUGCUUUUAAGGCACGUUCUUCGAGUCUGUUGGUAUCGCUGCUGGUGUUAUUGCGACUAACAAACAGUGUAUAAGAAAAACACGUGCGAACACACAACAUAUACAAAAAUGGGUGACUCGAAGGCGCAACACGGUACACAGGAGAUGAAAGGCUGGCUCUUUAAAUGGACUAAUUAUUUAAAAGGUUAUCAACGAAGAUGGUUCGUCCUGUCAAAUGGCCUACUGUCGUAUUACAGGGCUGAACCAACAGGGGGGCCAAAGAUAUCAACACGACGCAAGCGGAAGGCUGGCAGAGCCUCCGAAAAUCCCACGGAGAUGUCGCACACGUGCCGCGGCACGAUAUCCUUGCAUGGGGCCUUAAUACACACCGUCGACGCUUGCACGUUCGUUGUGAGCAACGGUGGCACGCAAACCUUCCAUAUCAAGGCGGCGACAGAGGUAGAACGUCAGCAAUGGGUCACGGCCCUCGAGUUGGCGAAGGCCAAGGCCAUCCAGGCGAUGGAAUCUGAAGAAGAGGAGGAAGAAUUUCAGGAUAAUGAUAGCCAAAAACCAGAACAAGUUACUGUGAAGGACUUAUCGCAGCGCUUAGAAAACUUGCAGGCCUGUAAUGAUUUACUGAUAAAGAAAGGGACUAUGCUUCAGCGAGUUUUAAACGAGCUCGAAACGUUGGAGCCCCCGUCGCCUGAGCUAGCUGCGAAAGUCAAGACAGUCAGUGAACGAGCCACGCUCUUUCGCAUCGCGGCCGGUGCUAUGGUUAAUGCAAGUCACGACUACUUGCAACUAGCGCAGCAGCAGGAACCAAAAUGGAAGAAGAUGCUGCAGCACGAGCGUGACCAGAAAGUGAGAAUAGAAAAAAUGGUCGAGCAAUUGGCCAGGCAACAUUCUCACUUGGAAGAGGCUGCGCAACAUGCCCUACCCUCGGCAGCUCCAGCAGGGGGACACAGAGCUUCGCAUACAACAGUCACAACUUCCCCAUCAGAAGACGAAGAAGAUAACGUUGAGUUUUAUGAUGCACAAGAAUCUGAUACUUUUACUUUGAGUAUACCUGGUGUCCAAGCGAAUAAUUCAAGAGAUCGAACUGAUUCUCAAGGUAGUGACGAUGGCUCUAGUUCAGAAGGAGAUCAGACACCUUUGCCUUUGUCAGAUACAGCUACCACAAAUUCCUUUCGCAUUGUGACCGAUUCUACAGUAGUAACUCCUACCACUGCUGCAAAUACUGACAAUCUGGACAAUACAAAUUGGGAGUCUAACAAUGGCAGCAGUGGCAGCACCGGGGUAACAGGUCUUAAACAAAAACGGAGAACUAGAGUACCUGAGAAACCAAAUUAUCCAUUAAAUUUAUGGAGUAUUAUGAAAAAUUGCAUUGGCAAAGAUUUGUCAAAAAUUCCAAUGCCUGUCAAUUUUUCUGAGCCGCUUAGUAUGCUUCAGCGGCUUACAGAAGAUUAUGAAUAUGCAGAUAUUCUUGACAGGGCAGCAGAAUGUACAGAUGGCUAUGAACAAAUGGCUUAUGUUGCUGCAUUUACCAUAUCUAGUUAUUCCACAACUGCUUCCAGAACUGGCAAGCCUUUUAAUCCUUUAUUAGGUGAAACGUAUGAGUGCGAUCGAAUUGAUGAUCUAGGAUGGCGUGCGAUUUCAGAACAAGUAUCUCAUCACCCUCCAAUGUUAGCGCAACAUUGCGAAGGCCGAAAGUGGCGUUGUUGGCAAGAGUUUACCAUGGCAUCUAAAUUCCGUGGGAAAUACCUCCAGGUAAUACCGUUAGGAACUGCUCAUCUUGAAAUGGAAGGUGGUACACAUCACUACACGUGGCGAAAAGUUACUACUACGGUACACAAUAUUAUAGUAGGAAAAUUAUGGGUUGAUCAAAGUGGUGAUACAGAUAUUGUGAAUCACAAACAAGGUAUCAAGUGCCAUUUGAAAUACACGCCCUAUUCAUACUUUUCGAGAGAUAGUCAGCGUAAAGUAAAAGGGGUAGUCAUGAACUCAAGUAAUGAAGUUAAAUGGGUAGUACAAGGUACGUGGGACUCGAAGAUAGAAAUCGCUCCUGUUAUCAGUACGUCUGGUACACCAGACAAUCCAGUAUACAAAACAGGGCCUUACAUACUCGCUUGGAAGCGUCGUAUGCCAUCUGAAGAUAGCGAAAAGUAUUAUAAUUUCACCGAAUUAGCGUGUCAACUUAAUGAGCCUGAGGAAGGUAUAGCUCCAACAGAUUCUCGAUUUAGGCCUGAUCAAAGAUUAAUGGAAAAUGGUGAAUGGGACAAAGCGAAUGCGGAAAAACUUCGAUUAGAAGAAAAACAAAGAGCUGUUCGACGUGCAAGGGAACACGAAGCUGAAAAAGCGGCCGUUCAAGGUUUACCAUAUGAAACUUACGAACCUUUAUGGUUUAAGAAAGAGCAGGAUCCUUACACGGACAGUCUGUGCUACGUAUACGGUGGUGAAUACUGGGAAUGUAAGAGUAAAGGUGAUUGGUCACGAUGUCCAAACAUAUUUUAGCUUACUAUAUAAUUAUAUCAAUAUUGUGACCGCCAAUAUACAAUGCAGAAAUGUUUGAAUUUGUUUUACGCGAAGAUAGCCGAUUUAGAAAUCACUGCUUCUGAAAAAAAAUGCUGAUAUGAUAUAAUCGGGUUGUUAGAGGACAUGGCAUAGUCGUUAUUUCUUCCAAUGAACUGGUCGAAGUUGGCAUUCUAACACAUGAAAUGAGCGUUUUGUAGUAUAUCAUUAUUUCCAUUCUCCUACACAUCCUUUUGUCUAUUCAUAUUGCCGCUGCAUCCCUCUCUUUUGUCCACUUUUCUAAACAACCAAGAACAUUAUCAUAUACUAUCCAUAUGGCCCAAUUAGCGCUUUGCAUACAAUGUUUGUAUAGGCUUAAAAAUUUCCUGUAUUUCUUAUUAGGUUCCAUUAUUAAGCUAAAUGUGUCAUAAUACAUUCACGAGAAAUUCAGAUACGAUGAUAAGCAAAUAAUGCGCGAAAAUUUUGUUAAUUCAGUUCAUAACUGAUAUAGCAAUAACAAUAAUAAUUUUUAUUACGAGAACAUUAAUAAUAUAUUAGAAAUUAAAACUAUAGUUAUUGGGAGUUUAAGUUUGAAUACGAGAACCCGCUUAAUGCAAUUACAGUAUUCAUAAUUUGUUUUAAACAAAUUUAGGUAUAUUUAAAUUUCUCUUUUUUUAAAAAAUGGAACUGAAUUCAUAAGUUCUAAGAAGCCGAUCGUAAUAGCAAUUUCGGAAAAUUUCCAUAACUUUCUGAUAACAUGGUUAUCACGUAUCCAUCGCGGAAAGUACUUACAUAGACUGUAAAAUGUAUUUUUGAUGCUUGACGCGAUGCUGAAGAUAUUUAAAAAAAAUUAAUUGAAAUUAAAUUUUUAAUAGUAUUGCUGAGUAAAUUAUAAGUAAGAAAUAAUCGCGUUGAAUGUAACUAAAGCCUUAUUGAAUUAUUUAAAGUAGAUAUUAAUAGGUAAACAUGUUUUUACGAUAUUGGUUAUUUAUACGUGUGGUGCGGCCAGACUGUUCAUUCGACUGCCUCGUCUUAGCCUUUGCACAAAAACUGGAUAAGAGGUGGCAUUCGUUUACGUUGAUACGACAAUCUGUAACCGCUACGAAAAGAAAUGUUCCUGCGGAUAAAGUGAUCGUAGCAAUGAGAGAACUCACUAUGUUGAAACAUCAUCUCGGUGAUUUACUCGAAUGGCGUAUUUGUUACUAUUUAACAUACGGUGAAAAUAAGAAAGAAGAAGCAGAUGGUAUAAAUGAGUAUGCUUCCAAAAUUCUGCAUUUUACCAUGCAGAGGUAGACUCUUGAAUGUUCCACAAAAUAUUGACUGGUUACCUAACCAGCCUAAUUACUAUACACUCCGUCGAGCUAAUGUUACAAAACAUAAUCAAUAUUAUUACGGGAAGAGUGUAAGGAGAAUAUAAAGUCACACUAAAGGCUCAUAAGUUGUAGUAAGUUCUUUUCUCUUUCUCACUUCUUUUUUAAGGGAACGCUUCAACUCAGAGCAUUAACAUUCAUUAAAAGCCCAGGUCCUUUUUCCAAGCUACAUUAUGUAGACACGCACACAUCCAUACACAGGUACAAACUGCGCGAGUGAUUGUGUACGUACGUACGUACGUAUGUAUGUAUGUAUGUUUGUCGGUAUGUAUGUAUGUGUGUAUGUGUGUAUGUACGUACGUACGUAUGUGUGCAUGUAUGUAUGUAUGCUCGUAUGUACAUAUGAUAAUUAAUAAAACCCAUUGUAUAUCCCUCUUAUGAGCACAUCAUACAGUUGUUCCGUUCAUAGUAUUUGUAUAUUGACAACUAUAUAUUUCAGUCUGUAUAGGAUCGCAUUCAACGGAACAUCUAGCUUGCAACCAAUGUCUACAAUGAUUGUUAUAAUUAAGUAUUUGGCUGUAUUAUAAUUUUAAUAGUUGAUUAUAAUCGGAUAUAUCUGUAUACAUAUAAAUACAAAUUAACUAUAAAAAUAAAUAAUUUAAAGAAAAUACAAUAAGACGGAUAGAACAGAUGUUUGAAUUAUAUAGUGCUUGUACAUUAGCUAUUCGUGUGGAACGAUAAAUACAAAAUGCUUCGCUACAAAAAAUCGAGAAAAUAUCUUCGUAGCAUUCACAUAAUUGCCUUUUGGCAUCUCCUAUGUAAUACCCGUUGGUCGCACAAAAAAGGAUAUGGUGCAAUUAUUUAUACGAUAAAUAACUGUAGUUUUCUUUUUGUUCCAUCAAACAAAUUGUAUUGACUUAUUGUAACAAAUUAAAUACGAUCUUGAACGGGUAAUAUCUA